UCAAUUUGCCAAUGGCCAGGAGUUUAUGCUUUAUGAGUGACUUUUCUACUUAAAACUCUUGUUGAGUAGUUAUUUUUUAUUUUUUCUUCAAAUGUCUUUCUCUUUCCAUUCAGUCCCGUGAGACUCUAAGACAUCAGAUAUGAAGUUGUGAUCCAAACUCUUUUUGUUAUCUUUGCAUUCGACUGAAACUUACCUUCAUCUCUACAUAAUGUGUUCCAGACCAUUUGACUGUCUGUGAACAACUUCUAGUCAGAAACCCUGCUUCUAGUUCUUCCCUUAAAGUUUAACAAGAUGCAAGAUACUUGUGACAAUUACUUUCGCUCCAUCAAUAUCCUUGCCAAGCUUAUUAGUGCUGACAUUGAAGAAACAAAAGAUGCUUAUCAAGAUUUAUGGAACACUCUCACUGCUGAAGAAAAAUGUCAGGCCCUAGAUGAUGCCAUUAUCCAUCCGGAUGCUGUUCUGAAAUACUCUGUCUACGAAGAUGAGGAUUUACCGCACUCUGGAAUUUAUCAUCAACAUUCUUGCCUCAGCAAAAGUCAACAAAACUUGAGCUGCGCAGUAAACCUUCAGGUUCUAAAGCCACUCACAAUUAUCAGAUCCCCAAUCAAAAAGAAGGAAUCAACAAAACAGCCAUCCAUCAAUGUAGAAUCAACUAUCUUAGAAACUAAGCAAUCCACCAAGCCAGCCGUCGAAAAUGUUGGUUUCCUAAAUAAAAUAAAAAGUAAGGUUUGCACACAAAGAAUGUCAGCAGCAGCAGAUGAAGAAAGAGAACUACUAUGCGAUUCGAAGACGCAAAUUUGCAUUGUUCCUAAAGGAUCGGUUUUGAAACCUAAAAAUCCCCCUCCUCCGCCGCCGACUUCAAAAACAAAUUAUGAUGAAGAAUCGGCAUUAUUUUCCUCUUUUGAAAAUCUCAACAUAUCGAUCAGCUCCACUGAUUGCAAAAUUCCGAAAACUGGAUUUGAUUUUCUUGACAACUGGUAAUACAAGAGCUUGUUUUUCUAAUGUCUCGUUAGACAACUUUGCUCUUACUUGAGCCUCCCACCCAUAGUUUUUAGAUUCUGCAAAUACCUGUUUUGGUAAAAAAUACACUCAAAACAACAUAAUUUUUUAAUAUUUGAGUUACAACGUUUAGGUUUGGACUGUGGCUCCAUUCAUCAAAGAAAAAAUUUAUUUGGGGAGUCAAAACUCCUUACAAAUGACAACCCCCCAGCAUAUGAUACAUUGUUAGAAAAAGCAAACAAAUACAAGACUUGCAAAAAAUGGCAUGUCUGUGUUCAACACUUUUUCAAAAUGGUGGCUGGCCAGAGUUUUGAAAUGUUCAACUUUAUCGGGCUUCCAUUUUGAAACGGGGACAGGUAGAGCUUUGGGGUGUUUGCCAAAAGUCUUAAAGUGUGUUCUUUCCGACGACUUAUUAUGAGAUAAGGUUGUUUGAACAACAUAAUAUCCCCUAAACGCAUGGUGCCUCCCUCUCUCAAUCCCUUUUCUCCUUCAAGUUUUUGUUUUUAAAAACGGCAGUUCUCUAAUACUAUUUCAAAAUGGUAGCCCGGUAUUACUGAACGUUAUAAAAUUUUGACUGGCCGCUAUUUUGCAACAAUAAUAGAGAAAGACUUGCAAUUUUUGGCAAACACUGUAGUUUCCUUACUCUUUCCAACAAUCCCUCAAAAUAUGGGGAUUGCGAUAUUAAAAUCUCAAUUUGAUAAGACAUGUGCCCCCUAAGCCCCAAGAGGGAGUUUCUCCCACCCAAAUAUUCUUCCCCAGCACAUGGAACAACAGCUCAAACCAGAACACUGUAACUCAAAAUUAUAAAAAAGUAAUGAUGUGUCAAGCAUUUCUUUUGCCCAUCCCGGUAUAUUCAGGGUGAGUCACAAGUCCCACACUGGCCUAGUAACUUUUUUGCUAAUUGAGCUGCCAAGCUAAAACUUUGGGGUUGUUCCCAGGUCUAAUUGUAAGUGAGUCACAUUCGGCCCAUUAAAAAUUUCGUAGGAGCUAUCCUAAAGUGCCAUCGUUUUUCCAUGAAAAAUUUAAAUGGAGAAAGUAGGAUUUGCAUUUAAGAUUAAAUUUUUUGGGGUAUGUUAUGAAGUCACUCUAAGUCUUUUUGAACCUUGUUGAACGUCCAGGUUUUAAAUUUCAAGUAAAUCCGUUCAUAGGUUUCUGAGAUACUUUUUUCAGUCAUUUUUAAACUCUAACUGGUCGUCAUUUUAUAGCAAGAUGCUGAUUUGUAAGGCAGACUUGCGCUCCCUAAAAGCCUCAUCUAAAGUCUCCACUUGAUAUCACAAGUAGCAAAGAAGUUAUCAGGGUGAUAAAGGACUUAGGGAUCCCCCCAGUGGAAAAUAUCAUAUUUGCUACUUAUAAAUGUUAAAACAUGUGCCAUGUAAACUUCCAUUCAUGAUCAUUAGGUAUAGCAUUUGUACAUAUUUCAUAUUAAUUCACCAAAGAAAUGGUGCAAUUCUUUGUUCGCUAAAUUUUAUCAAAGUGUAUGAUUCAGUUUCGAGUCAAGGUAAGGAAAUCUUUUGAUUUUUCACCUAAAAAUUAAACAAGGCUGCUUUCUAGCUAUGUUAUUUUCGAAUCUACUCUUCCAUAUUUUAAUCAUGUUCUUUAUUUAAAUAUUUUUGCUGUAAGUAUUUUUCCUAGUAAUGUUUCAAGUCUUAUUUUUGAUAAAUUUACUAAAAAAGGAAGUGAACUUGUAUUCAUGAGAUUUCUUCAUACUUUUUUUAUCAGAAAAAAGUUUGUAGUUUGACCAUACACUGAUCAAAUAAGUUGAGUGCAGGGAAAAAUUACCAAUGUACAAAAUACAAAUUUAUUUUUGAGAAUU